AUGGACAGCAUUCAGCUUGCUAAAGGUAAGCAUGCACUCCAAAAAAAGGGCUCAGCUGAUUGUAUCCCCGUGAACUGCGAAACUCUUUUUGACCGAGCCGUAAGCAUCCUUUGCCUGAAAGAAGCCGCUUCCUCGAGGUAUCGCGCAGUAGCUGCGUCUCUCUCAGAAUCCGAACCGCUGCCCGGUCGACGCUUCUCUAUACUACUCACUGGCGCUGCCUGCAGCUCUGCCUCGUUAUCGAUAGAAUCCCUCUUGGGCCAAAGUGCUAGGCUGCUGCAACAUUGCCUCACUACGGCUGACGGUGUCGAGUACCUACAGACAGGGAAUCUGGACGUCCUCAAUGAGAACGAUUCAGGCAAUAAGAUAAUCGAGCCGACGCCGUCAAAGAUCAUUUGGAUCGCCUUGAUUCUACGCUACGAAAAUCAAGAUUAUCACUUUCUCAAGCGCUGGGACAUCGAUCGUCAGUCCUUUGGAAGUCUGGUUUAUGGAAUCGUCAGACCAAUGAUCGCUUCACAACAAGAGAUGAACACAUAUGUUGGAGAUAUCUGGGUAACGUUAGACAAAACGGAGUAUCUCAUACAAGACGACAAGGCGGAUGCUCUAUAUGACUUCGUUUGCAGUGAGCGAGAUGCUCCCGGAAGACUUGGGGUACGCGUAUACGUAUACCGUGCUACCAAUAGUGAUGGAAUACGCAUUGAUGAGCUGAGCAGGCUCGCACCGAAUGAUGCUGCUUAUAGGGCACUACGUUGAAUAUUAUUCUAAGGCGCUACAAAUACCCGAGAAGUAACUAAAUUUCAUCAUAGC